GGGCAGUCAGGGGAGAGCAGCCCAGCUGAAGAAGCAGCACCACCAUCUGUUGCUAAACUUGCUGGAUUAUUUGGUGACAAGGUCAACAGCCCCAGGAAAGAGGCUCCACCACACAAACCAACAAGAAAGAAACCUCCCUGUUCACUGCCCUUACUUAAACCUGAGGCCACCAACAAUGGCGAAGAGAAAGUGUCUCCUCCUCACACACAGAUGCCUAAGGUCAAGGUGAAGAGCUCCCCUCUUAUUGAGAAGCUCCAGGGUAACUUGGCGUUCGCUCCAGCGCAUUUCCUCCCAGGAGCGUCUCCGAAGAGCCCCGGUCUCAAAGUCAUGGCCUCUCCGUUCACCAGCCCCCCCUCAACACCCAGCAGUCCGGGCCUUCAGGCGUGUGCCAGCGAGUCGGAGGAGUCCCCUGUCAGCUUUGAGCAGCCGCCAGAGGGCGCCCCUCUCCCAAGCUACAAUAAGGUUCGUACUAGAGGCUCCUUAAAGAGAAGACCCCCAAGCCGAAGGUUUAGAAAAUCCCAAAGUGACAUGGACUUUGAUAUCGAUAUCAUGAGCACCGCGCCUAAAGAAAACGGGGAUAAGGUGGAAGAGAAAGGUACUGGGAGUCCAAAAGAUAAAGAUGAAACCCAACAGACAGAAUCAGCGUGCGAGACAGACACGGCGUCACAUGACCCAGCGAGAAGUCAUCUGACCCAGCGGAGAAGUCAUCUGACCCAGCAGAAAAGUCAUCUGACCCAGCAGAAAAGUCAUCUGAGUGCCCCCAGGAAGACCCAGGAAAGACAGAGAAAGAGACACAGAUUGACGAGGGAUCAGCCAGCACGGUGGAGGAGGACCCCAGCAAAGAAGAGGCCACAUUGGACACAAACGUCACAGACUCAUCAUCACUAAAGAGGAAACCGAGAACACGGAGGACGGCAAUGACAAUUCAAAUGAAAGACAAGAGAAGGACGAGAGCAGCGAGCCUAGCAGAUCGGAUUGUGAUG